AUGCCCGUCGUGCCAGGCAGCGGGAGGAACCGGCUUGGCUUUUCUCCCCUUGCUACGCCUAUACCAGCAGCCACACAAACCGACGUUCGGAUAGCAUCUACCAAUCGUAACUCACUACCCCCAAAUCCCACGAAUGCGCCUCAUGAAGAUGUUCAGAAUGCGUAUCGUUAUUUGCCAUUAUUGGGCCAUCGGCAUAUUCGGUUGCUUCGUCUGCUACCUGAUCGGAAUGAGAAUGCACCACUUCAUUCUCAGCUCUUCGAUUAUCCUAUGUUGGAAAUGGGCGAUGGACAACAUAUGUACGAGGCUUUAUCAUAUGUGUGGGGGAGCGGACAAAGGCCGCACAUUCUACAUAUAGAUGAGAAAAGCCUACCAAUCACGGCAAACCUCUACGAAGUACUUUUGCGUCUCCGGGAUAAAAUGAUUGAGCGGAUAUUAUGGAUAGACGCAAUUUGCAUUGACCAGGCCAGCAUCGAAGAGCGAGGGGAACAAAUUCAGUAUAUGGCAGAGAUCUACUCCAAAGCAAAUCGUGUAAUUGUGUGGCUCGGUGAAGCAGCCGACAAUAGCGACCAGGCUCUGAAGAGCAUACGAAUGGCAGCAGAUGAGGAACACCAAUCGUCCCGGAAUGAUACAGACCACCAGGCGGUUCUAGCUAUACUGGAGCGCCCGUGGUUUCGACGAAUAUGGGUCCUUCAAGAAGUCGCUGCUGCUCAACACAUUGUCAUGAUGUGUGGCUCUAUAAGGAUUGAUGGAUACGCCUUUUGCUUAGGCCUACCAUCACUUCUCCAGUACAAGGAUAUCCCGAGCCAUAUCCGGUCGGUAACCUAUCUUAUGAGAGGCUGCAUAUUUAGGCCAAAGUAUAGCGUGAAUUCAUUAAGUGGUAUAUCUUUAGAUAUACGCCCUCUAGGCGCGCUCAUAGAUAUGUACCACACGCACGAGGCCACUGAGCGCCAUGACAAAAUAUUUGCUCUACUGGGAAUGAGUUCUAAUGAUCCAACCAAUCACGGGCUACUGCCCAAUUACAACACUCCAUGGGAUAACCUUAUGGCACAGCUUCUCAAGUUUAUACUAGGCGAGCGGAUAUUCGUCAAGUCGUGGAUGCAGCAACAGGCGGUUGUGGUAUUUGCGAAAGGAUGUGUUAUUGGCAUCGUAUCCUCAGUUCAAAUAGCGCAUGACGAUUCUCGUGGAGAUAGGCAGCACGUCAGAUUGAAGAUAAGGGACGUUCCUGGACCAACAUGGACCGUCCAAGUGGCAGGGAAGCCAAUCGAGGCUGGCGACCUCUUAUGUCACUUACUUGGAGCCGCAAAUCCCAUGGUCAUUAGGCCACGUCAUGACCAUUUUGCGAUCAUUAUGGUUGAGUUUAUUCCUCCCAAAGAGGAUGAAAUGGAGAGAAUGGAUCUUGAGAGGCUAGAACAGCCAGAGAGCUCUUCUUUGCAUGAUUUCCUACUUGUAUGGGAUUGGAAUAGCUCUAAUGAGGAAACAACAAGUCAAGAUUAUGAAUCAUGGAUGACAAGUCGAGUACCCGAGUACUUGUCUUCAGAAGAAGAAUCGCAAAAUUACCCCGACAGGCAAACACGAGUGGGCAAUCUGGCUCUGAUUAUGAGUGAUGCGGGGAGCAACGACAAAACUAUAAUCAACACUCUUCAAGACAUGAAGAAUGCUCACGCAAGAGACUUUGGAGAAACUGACCGACGAACACUCAUGUGUAUGAGCAAACUUGCCUUGAUGUACGGAAGAACGGGCCAUUUAUGGGAAGCCGAGAGCGAGUUUUGGCGAAUGUUCUGGACGAGGAUGAGUUCGCAGGAGAGGCGCGAAGAUGUUGUCAGAGAGCUGACUAACUUUGUGGCAAUGUGCAAAGGCCAAGGCCAUUCCCACAGGGCGAAGAAUUUCGACAAAGUAGCCAGCUUAUUAGAGAUGGCCGGACGGUAUCCCUUGAUGGCGGACAAAGACUUUGCCGUCCUUCUGGCCCAAGCAAGCUUGAGAGACGUUGAAGUUACAGAGAAAUCUGUCAUUGCAGCAGAGAAGAGGUUCAACAGCGAAGUGGAAGUUGACCAGACACCUGGCCGGAAAAAAUAUACUCCUCCGCCGAUGGAAACUCUGCUUUUAAGAGCUGUAAAUAAAGAGAACAUCGAGGCAACGUACCUUUUACUCUGUCAAGAGAAAGUCCAAAUUACAGAAAAAAUACUUAUAUCGGCGGUGGAGAACGACGACAGCUCAGUAUUAUGGUGCUUACUUGGGAGAGAGAAAGACGAGAUACGGAUUACAGAGAGGGUAGUCAUAGAAGCAGCAAUGAGGAACAAUGAGUCGGUACUGCAGUAUCUUCUCGAGAGACACGGAAGCAAGAUUCGCCUUACAGAAGAAAUUGUCAUUGCUGCAGCUGAGAAUCGGGAACGCUCUGUGUUGGUCUAUCUCCUUGGAAGAUGGAAAGACAGGAUCGAGAUUACACCGAAAGUUGCCGUCGCAGCAGCAGAAAACGAACAAUUUCCGGCGUUGAAAAUAUUAUUGCAAGCAAAAGGGACGGAAUUUGAGGUUACAAAAGAAGUGGUUGUGGCAGCAGCAAAUAACAGAGAAAAGUCGGUACUAGUUACUCUGUUGGAGGAAAGGGGGAGCGAAGUCCGAAUGACAAAAGAGGCACUUGAUGCGGCUAGGGGCAACGGUAAUGUUUUGGCAUUGAAACGUGUACUUGAGGAUGCGAGAAGAAUGGCCAGAACGCGGGGAAGUUGGUGA